AUGGCAUACUAUUAUGUCGAUGAUAUAGAUGCAUCUUUGAUUGUGGUGCACAUGCUACAGUCGUGUUCAAAAUACUUCCCUGUACCCACGAUCGUCGAUGGCGUAGACCUGAAAUAUAAGAUUAACACUUUGAAUAAAUUAUACACGAUAUGGGUUGACGAUAAAUUAAAUAACAGCUCGUAUCAGUCCGAAAUAUAUAAAAGAGUUUGUGAAAUGUUUUUUGGAAACGUAUUUCGGCAUUUACCAUUGCUGAAUUCGUAUACACCCGAUGGCGAAAUCAACACUGAAAUGAUGUGGGAAUUGAAGCAGCUAUAUCCAGUUUACAAGGUAUUUUCGGCAUUUUUGAAUUUAAGUGGUUUUGACGAAGAGAAGCUAAUGCCAUAUGUAGACGAAACAUUCAUUAACGCUUUGAUACGACGGAUGGACAACAGUUUUGUGGAAACCGAAAGAGAUUGCGUGAAAGAGAUAUUAUUUCUGCUGUUUAAGAAGACUAUGUACCUGAAAAGAUACAUACUUCAAGGUACUAUAAACUCGCUCUUAGAUUAUGGUCAUAUAUCAAUCAACAUGGGGAUUAAAGAGUUGCUGGAACUGUUCAAAACUUUAAUGUGUCACAGAUUGAUCGAGUCACCGAUGAUAGCUAAGGUGUUGUCGCCGUUAAUCAAACGUAAAGGGCUGUGCCAUUACGCGGGCCGAUUACACGAGUGCUUUGAAACGGCCGCCCGUGAAGUGGACGCCGGCUUGGGCGCGUUUUUCGUGGACAACACUAUCGAUCAGUGGUGUGCGUCCGCGGCCGACGUGCCGUCAUUGUGCCGGACGCUGGCGGAGUUGUACUUUGAAGCUUGUGGCCCGGAAGAGAGGCGGCAGACUCGCCAAUGUGUAGUCGGCCACGUGGGCGGCUGCCUGUUAAAAGUCGCGGCAGUGGCUGUCGUGGACGGUAUGACGGUGGCCGCGUGUCAGGCAUAUGCCGAGUUUUGUGGCCGGCUGAUCGACGACGCUGCCGCCGCAAACGAAGAUCAAACAUGCGGCGACAGUAACGCAAUGGAGCGCAUGGCUGAAGGGCUGAUCGCUGUCCACCGGGGCCACGGUGACUACGACUGCGUAGAACACGCCGGCCGCCUACUCAGGCGAUUGGUCAGCGACGAACGGUGUUUGGUCGGCGACGUCUGUCGGCUGGUCGUGCUACAAGUUCUGGUUGAGGACCGACCGCGGACGAUGACCGAAAACCUUGUCGACAACACGUUUUAA